CUUCCAACUCCAGCAGCCCCCUGUCCUCCAGAGAGAGAGCCAGCAGACCUGCCAGCUCCAGCAGAUCCAGGUUCAGGGGUUCCAGCUCCAGCAGAUCCAGGUUCAGGGGUUCCAGCUCCAGCAGAUCCAGGUUCAGGGGUUCCAGCUCCAGCAGAUCCAGGUUCAGGGGUUCCAGCUCCAGCAGAUCCAGUUUCAGGGGUUCCAGCUCCAGCAGAUCCAGGUUCAGGGGUUCCAGCUCCAGCAGAUCCAGGUUCAGGGGUUCCAGCUCCAGCAGAUCCAGGUUCAGGGGUUCCAGCUCCAGCAGAUCCAGGUUCAGGGGUUCCAGCUCCAGCAGAUCCAGGUUCAGGGGUUCCAGCUCCAGCAGAUCCAGGUUCAGGGGUUCCAGCUCCAGCAGAUCCAGGUUCAGGGGUUCCAGCUCCAGCAGAUCCAGGUUCAGGGGUUCCAGCUCCAGCAGAUCCAGGUUCAGGGGUUCCAGCUCCAGCAGAUCCAGGUUCAGGGGUUCCAGCUCCAGCAGAUCCAGGUUCAGAGAUCUUCCAGUCUGAGUGCAGGGUGAAGCUGCUCUGCCUGCUGUACACAGUGCUGACCCUGAAGAGUCUGCUGUACUGCUGUGGACUCUCUCUGCUGAUGGUCCUCAGGAACAAGGGGCCGUCCACCAACUGAACACAUGCUGACUGGUUUCUCUGAUAAUCUCACUCAUCACAUCAUUUAUACUCUUGAUAUACACAAAUGAUUAACCGUCUUGGUGAUGUUUCAAAUUUUUACAGCAUUUAUUUUUCCUUUUUUCCUUUUUAAUAUUCUG